AUUACCAUAGCAACAGAAAAUGCUAACCUUCCAAGUCCUGAAAGAGAGACGGGACUGUGCUGCUUCCAGUUCCUUGCCCACUCCUGGAUGCUCACAGCAGGGAUCAGUAUGUAGGGAAUUAGGUGCUGAAAUCACAAGAAUCACCUUCAUCUGCCUGAAUGCUGUCUGGAUUUUCAAAUUUGUUACAUCUGUGGCCAUGAAUUUGUCUUCCAGUCAACACUAAAUAAGAAAUGCUUGGAAGGAUGAUGUCAUGGAGAUAAAAAGAUAAAACAAAACAAAAAGGCAAAACAAAAAAACUGCAACAAAAAACUCCCACAAACCCUUGCCACUGAAACAUCACAAUCAGAUUGCUGGAAAUAUGCCUCAACUCCAUGCAGCUCCCCUAUACUCUGAUAACUUCUGCCCUGCGAAGCAAAGUCAACAAAAAUGAGCAUCACAUUGAAAAAAGGCCAUCUCAAGUAAAGUAGAGAGAACAUUCCUGGAACAUUGUAUUCUUCAUGGAAACAACUGUAAAGAAAAAGAGUUUGAGCAAGCAUAAUAAAACUCCGCCAAGUGCUGGAAGGGCCCCUGCUAAUAUCUCUACCAUCCUGCCUUCAAAACAGAUUGCGACACCCAGUGUGUCAGAUCUUCCCAGAGUUUUGCCAGAAAUAGUGAGUUUAGAUUCCAUAGUAAAAGCAAGCCCUGGGAAAAGGAGACCAGGCACCGUAAUAAUAUCAAAACGGUCGAACACUACAAACAUGUCUCAGAGUCAGUUGAAUCGCCCAGUCAUUCCAUCAAAGAGACCUGGCUUUAGGGUGUGCUAUAUCUGUGGCAGAGAAUUUGGGUCACAAUCUCUUGCCAUACAUGAACCCAAAUGCUUGGAGAAGUGGCGUAUUGAAAAUGACAAAUUACCAAAGCAUCUCAGAAGAGCAGAGCCUGCUAAACCUCAGUCCCUCACUGGUGGCGCCUAUAAUAUUAAGGCUGCAAAUGAGGCAGCUUAUCAGAGUGCUCAACCUCAGCUCUUACCCUGUGAAAACUGUGGUCGCACUUUUCUUCCUGAUCGUCUCCCUGUGCACCAAAGGAGUUGCAGACCAAAGGAUGGUGGCCUGGGCCCUUCAAGCUCUAACCCCCCUAAAUCUGUUAAAGGCCCUAGCUCUGGCCUUGUAUCUGCAGCACGUACUGAUCAAUCUAGUAAAGUUCAACAAAAAAGUGGGGCCAUACCAGACAAGCCACCAGCCAUCAGACGGCCUCCCACUGUUGUUUGUUAUAUAUGUGGCCGUGAGUUUGGAACUAAAUCUAUUGGCAUCCAUGAACCACAAUGUCUGAAAAAAUGGCAUAACGAGAAUGACAUGCUACCCAAACAUUUACGAAGACCUGAACCUAAAAAGCCAGAAGUCAGAUCCUUAGGAGCCAAAGGUUUCUAUGAUCUUGAUGCUCUAAAUGAGGCUGCCUGGAACAGUGCCCAGAGCCAGUUAGUUCCAUGUGAUAUUUGUGGGCGUACUUUCCUGCCAGACAGACUGAUUGUCCACCAGCGAUCCUGUAAACCGAAACCAGCAAAGUAAAGUACCCCCCUCCCCCCUCAAACACACACCUUCCAGCCAAAGCAUUAAAGGAAUAAAAUCCUGCUUGGAAAUAAAA